CCUGGUGGCAGGGCUGGUGACCUGGGCUGUCCUCCCUCCCCGCAACCCCGCCCGCGGUCGCAGCUCCCGUGCAGUCCCGGCUCCUCCCCCGCGCGGGGCUCGGCGCGCAGGCUGCGGCGCGCACAGCGGGGACCAGAGCGGCUCCGGCGCGCGGAGCCGGGCUCAGCCCCGGUCUGCGUACGCCGCGGCCCCGUAGCACAUCGAGUCGGCCUGGGAGGCCCGCGGGGUGCAAGCAGCGCCGAGUGCGCGUGGGACCCGGUCCCGCAGCCGGGUGCAGGAGUGCGCGCGCGCCACGGCAUGGAGCCGGCCCGGGAGCCCCCCGCGCGCACCCGCCCGCCGCCCCCCGCCUCGCGCCCCGCGCCAGCAGCACCUAGGCCGCGCUCGCCGGCUGAGGCCGAGGCCCGUGGCCCAGAGGGGCUGCUGCGGCGAUCGGGGUCAGGGUACGAGGGCAGCACCAGCUGGAAGGCGGCCUUGGAGGAUACCACCACACGCCUGCUGCUGGGGGCCAUUGCGGUCCUCCUGUUCGCCAUCCUGGUGGUGAUGAGCAUCUUGGCUUCCAAGGGCUGCAUCAAGUGUGAGACGCCCUGCCCAGAGGACUGGCUGCUCUACGGAAGGAAAUGCUACUACUUCUCGGAGGAGCCUAGAGACUGGAACACUGGCAGGCAAUACUGCCAAACCCACGAAGCAGCGCUGGCUGUGGUCCAAAGCCAGAAGGAACUGGAAUUCAUGUUCAAGUUCACACGGAGGGAGCCCUGGAUUGGCCUGCGCAGAGUUGGAGACGACUUCCACUGGGUCAACGGGGACCCGUUUGACCCAGACACGUUCUCCAUCUCGGGUAUGGGCGAGUGCGUCUUCGUGGAGCCCACCAGGCUGGUGUCAACAGAGUGUCUGGCGACCCGGCCCUGGGUAUGCAGCAAGAUGGCCUACACAUGAUGUGGCCCAGGCCAGAGGUGGCCCCUGCCCCGGCCCAAGGACGGUGUCUGUUCUACCACCUGCUUCUGACAGGAGCUGCCACCCUCUCUGAAUGGAAGCAGUAGGGAGGGUGGUCCUUGUCACUGUCCCCUCUCAAGGCUCCAGAGCUCUGAGGCCCUGGUUCCUGGUUUCUCUUGUUCCCAGGCAGGUCCUGCGGCUUAGCAGUUAUAUCUCAUGUGCUAAGUAGUGUAGACAUCUUGCCUCCCAUACACACAAGCACACACAUGUAUACACAUGUACACUCACAUAACAACACACAUGCAGGCUCUUUAUAACGGGUCAUCCUUCCUUGGCUUGGCCUGGAAGCUUCCUCACUGCAGCCCUGGUGCUCCUGGGCAGAGGGGGGCUGACGUGGGUUAUCUGGCUUUUGGCUCAGUCGCCUGCCCUCCCCAGCGGCUUCUCUCAGGCACAGCUUCCUCAGCACCUUGCAGAGAACAGCCCAGGGCUGGAGGCCCCUGUCUCUGUACUCCCUGCCUUCCUGGGGUCCUCAGGCAGGGCCCCUGCUGUGCUGUGGUGCUGUUGUAUUGGUCACUAAUGGAAUAAAAGGUUUGACUGCAUCUAUGAAUCUGCUGCUAUUUGUUUCCGUGUCACAACCUGGGGAGGAGCAGGGGGCAGUCUGAGGGGGCCACUUGUCCCAUGUGACAAGCAGCAUUGUGUAGAAACCUAGGCUGGAAAAAUGAGCAACAAAAUGGAACACAUCUCUCAGAUCGGACUUUAUUUAAUGUUGGCGGCGGCUGUGUUAUGUUCAGCCGUGUGAAGGGUGGAUUCCAUUCUGGUACCUUCAUUACUAUUUGACUCAAUAUGACAAAUGCCUAUUCACACCUUCUGUCCUGGCUACUUUUCGGUCAACUUGACACAAGCUAGAGUCAUCUAAGAAGAGGGAACCUCAGUUGAGAAAAUGCCUCCAUAAGAUGGGACUGUAGGUAAAUCUGUAGGGAUUUUCUGUUGGGAGAGCCCAGCUCAUUGUAUGUGGUACCAUCCUUGGUCCUGGUUCUAUAAGAGAGUGGGCUGAGCAAGCCAUGGGGAACAAGCCAGUAAGCAGUGCCCCUCCAUGGCUUCUGCAUCAGCUCCUGCCUCCAGGUUCCUGCCCUGUUUGAGUUCCUGCCCUGACUUCCAUCAAUGAUGAACAGUGGUGUGGAAGUUUAAGUCAAAUAAAUCCUUUCCUCCCCAAGUUGCUUUGGGUUCUGGGGUUCCUCACAAUCACAGAAACUUUAACGGAAACAAAUACCAGGCUCGUGAAGCAUUGCUAUGACAUAUCUGACCAUGUGUUUUGGGGAGGACUGAGGAAGGACUUUGGAAUUUUGGGUUGGAAAAGCCAUGGAGUAUUCAAAGCUUGCUGAGCUGUUCUGGGGGAGCUUGGAAAAUGAGAAUGCUGAGGGCAAUGUUGAGGGUAUGGAGGCCUGGCUUCUCCAGAGGGCACUUUGAGAGUCCCUUAAAGACCCCAUCAGGGAUCUUUGCUAUUUUGAGUUCGGAACCUGUGAGCUAAAGAAUCAGCCAUGUGGGGGCUGGAGAGAUGGCUCAGAGGUUAAGAGCACUGAUUGCUCUUCCA